AUUGCCUGAACUAGGCAAGCACUUGAUAAGUGCCACGGGCUGGCAUUGGCGAGUAGUGGUCGCUAAUCGCUUGAACAAACCGCAUCCGUACCGGGUACCGGCGAUGACAGUCUUGACACUUUGGAUCAGCCUACUGAUCGGUGGUGCCGUUGGCACCUUAGGGGCUGGCGUCCGGGGAACGCCCAAGGGGGCGUCCCAACUGUUCCACUAUGAAUGCAACCGUCUACAGGAAAGCGAACAGCCGUGGCAAUGUUGGGCCGAAGGGUACAGACCAGUGGCGGCCAAUGUCCAAAAGUUCCACGAAUCAGCCAAUGCGACCCAAGCCGACAUUCAGCGUAUCUUGCAGUUUAACCAAACAAACACCGUGCUGUUUAUGGUGAACAGUAACUCGGACAAUCAGAACCUUCGCACCGAGUUCAGUCUGCUGCCGAACAACAUCGUCCGCCUGGCGCUGGACAACGUUGGACUCGAGACGCUCCAGAUUGGUCCAUUCGUUGGCGGUGAGAAUGAUUGCCGUUUGGGGGAGCUUUCGGUGCCCCGGAAUCGCCUCCGCGAGUUGCCGCCGGGCGUCGAGAGGUUGACGGUGCUUCGGAAGCUCGACAUAAAACACAACUUGCUGCAACACUUUAGGCUCGAUCGCCUCGCAAGGGCCACCUCUUUACGGCGCUUGUUAUUGGGUCACAAUCGAUUGGAAAGCUUCACCACGGACGGGGGCGUUUCGUUCGAUUCGCUCCAGGAGCUCGACCUAUCGAAUAAUCGCCUUACGACGCUGGACUCCUCCGGCUGGAGUAUGCCAGCGCUGGCUACGUUUCAUGUGGACCACAAUCGCGCCCUAGCCUCGAUUGAGGGCUGGUCAAAACGGCGGUUCCCGCUGGUGAAGGGUUUCGAUCCGACCGGUACGAACAAUUGGAACCAAACGUGGCUCUCGACGGUACAAUAGCCGACCAGCGGUGAAGGACGGAACAGAAUCAACCAUGACAGAUAUUAGGGAAAGGGUUCGGUAAUGUAACUCAUUAACUGUCUAAACCUAGAAGGCAGCACAAUAAAUCUCAAAUGAUCCAAU